CCUUCCUACCUCCACACUAACAGCAUGGGUAGGCAUACUACAGCCCUCUCAUUGGGCCUAACCGUCUGUCUUGUAAUAUUCGCCAGUGUGUGUUAUGCAGCUCCUCCCAUAAGUCAAUCAGUUUCACGAGAUGGAAAAUCAUUGAGUCCACCAAUAGGCACAGAAAAGGACGAUAUACUACACAAAGAGGCUGAGAGCCCUAAAACAUCAGCACAUUCAGUUGACAUAUCAAAGGAACAUUCAGCAAUCAUUGCAAAAACUGAUUCCAUCCCUAACAUCUCAUCAACUUCUAGCUUAAAUGAGGACAAAACUGAAGAAAAAGAAGAAAAUGGAAUCAUCCGAGGCAAGUACUCAUAUGUGGAAGAUGGAAUCCCUGCCCAACUAGAAUAUGAGGCAAUUCCACAAGUUAAAUUUGAAGUAACUAAAUAUACAAAAGGUUCAAAAAUUCUUACAUCUCCGGACAUUAUUGCAAAAAGUAGUCCAGUGAAUGAAAAGGAGCCUGAAUAUGAACAUGCUUCAGUAAUAAGCAAACCUUCAAGUAUCACACGGAAAACACGAUCUUUAACUGAACAAAACCGGCAAUCAGAGCCUACAGAAUAUGAACUUGCAAGAGAUCAAGAAAACAAUGAAACUGAUGUACUUCCUGCAGAUGCUUCAUAUAAAUUUGGAUUCUCUGCUGAUGGUCAGACCAGGAAUGAAGAGUCAGAUGCUGAGGGCAAUGUUGAAGGGAGCUACUCGUACAUUGGAGAAGAUGGGAUGAUAACAAAAGUAGAAUAUGAAGCUGGUGCGGGAAGGGGAUUCAGUGUCAAAAGGAUAAUACAACUACCAGGUCCAGUGAAGGUGGAUCAGUCUUUUAGUAAACUAAAUACAGAAGAAGGUGUAGGGCCGUCCAGUCAUGGUGUAAUAUCUGAAGAUCACAUAGUUCAAUCCCCUCAACGGACGUCCCUUGAACAACAAGAUGAUCCUGUUAUUGAGAACGAUGGAUCAUAUUCGUUUUCUUACGCAACACCAGAUCAAUGGAGAGAGGAGUCAAAGGAUACUAAUGGUAAAGUAAACAGUCACUUUUAUUCUAUUAUAAGAGAAAAUAAAUUCACACAAGCGCAGGCAGAUGACUUGACUAAAGAGUUCAUUGAAAAAGAGUUUAAACCUCGUAUGACUCAUUUUCUUGAAAAUAUUUUUACAACAGCCCUAAAAGAGAACACUAAAACUAGUAUUGAAGGCUUACGUUUAGUACCAUAUGAGUCAAGUGAGAAGUCUGAUGUGGCGAACAACGAAGGAACUGUUAAGACUGGAGUUUCAUCUGAUGGUCAAAUGGAAUUGAACCGUCCAACACAAAAUGAAGAAAUUGUUGAGCCAAUGAGGGAUGAAAAUUUACCUCAAAGCGAAAGUGAAAAUAAUCCGCAAGAUGUAAAUGAGGGUAUUGCAACAACGUUGAAUGAAGAUACAUAUUCCAAUUUAAAUCAAGAAGCGGAUCCUAGCCUAAAGGCUAGUCAAAAUGUAUCCCCUACAAUUCCUGCAUUACUACAAGAAGAUAAAUCUGCAGUUGGGGAAACAACUAAGACAAAUAAUCCUGAUGAACUGAUAACUAUAUCGGCUAGUAACUCAAUGGCUGAUGGUUCAUACAACUUUGCUUAUGGAAACAAUGAACAACUGAGGAGGGAAUCUGUAGAUACUAAAGGCAAUGUUUAUUCCAAGUAUCAGUAUAAAACCAAAGACGGAGGAAGAACAGCCGUGGUGUUUAAGAGAAGAGUAGUAAAAGAUUCUACGGCCAAGGACGGUGGGGAGAGACAGUUUAAGAGAGAUAUACCUGUGGAGCAUGUGAACACAGCACAAGUUCAGUCUUUCAGAGGUAGUGUAAAACAUCAAAGACAAAGACAGCUUCACUGAUUGAGGCAUACAGUAGAACGAAUGUUAAAAUCAAAAGCUUAAAAUAACUGAUUUUGUACAUUUUUCAAUAAAUUUAAUACUUUCAUA